AUGGAGACAGGUCUCGAAAAAUAUCCCUUGUAAAGAGUCGGCUCGAGAAGUCGUUGGUUGUGCCAGACUGAUCUGAGUCUGAGCUGCAAAAAGAAGCAAGGAAGUGGCGUCGUCGAUUGGUUCCGUAUUGCUUUGGAGGCUGAUCGGGGCAGGGCAUGAACAUUUGGCGCGGCGGAAAUAGCGCUCACCGCCCAGAGACGCAGACCGCCGACCUGGAGUAUCUUGUGGCGUCGCCGACGGGGUUGACGGCACACCGACACUGUCGCGGCUCGACAUGCGCUGGCUCGCUCUCAAAUUACGGUAAGCACCUUUUUUUCAACAACUGCCCAAGCUGUUCGGCUCUUGGUGACGCUGGAAACGAGCAAAAACGGCUUCUCUACUUAUUUUCUAACUUUUUGUGGUUAAACCUGAUUCUUGAACUUGAUAAACUUGAUUCUAAUCUAGAAAAAAACCAAAUUUUGGUCGUUCUUGAGGGGAAAUCUGAAAAACCCUGAAACUUUUCUUUAUACUAUCCCAAAAUGAGUUGGUAUUUUGGCCUAAGUCAAUUCAAACUUGUUUCGGUCAGUAAAUGACCGUGAGUCUUUUUUGGCCCGUCUCAUCAAAGUUGAAAAACCCAAAUAUUUAUAGCUCUUGUUUGAAACCGAGAACUCAACUUUGGUUAAGUUUCUGAAUACUCAGAUCCAAGUUUUAUUUUUUCGAGAUUUCUCGCUUUCAAAUAUACUCUACCACAUGUGCCCAUCAUUCAAAGGAGUAUGGAAAAUGACAGGAACUUCACUUUUCACUCACUUUUCAGUUUUUUUUCUCUUUUUUCUUCUCGUUCUAAGCAUUACGAAAUGAAUAUUUUCUUUUUCGAAGGUCUGUAAAUAUCAAAACUCAAUCGAAAUAUUUAUAUCAAAAAAAUUUUAUACGACUUUAAGGGUUAUGAAUGUGCCAAAAAAAUUAUAAGCUUAAAAUGUAUUUUUCCAAACAUUAUGCUAUUAUUUUUCUGAAUUCUCUUUAAAAAAAAUUUUUUUCAACAACCAUUUUAUGUUAAUAUAAACAGAAACGAAGUCAUAAAAAAAUUUUUUUCGAUAUAAGAGAAGAUUUUUUUGACCGACUGAAGUGACAAAAUUUCUCGGAUUUUUUUUCGUUCACUUUAAACAUCAGCAGAUCCGCCAAGUUGAUCGAACACCCGCUCAUUUGUCCAGCCGUUCCGAAAGCCGUGGUGGCAAUACACUUUCUCGAAUUUUCUCAUAGAAUUACCUCGAAAGAGUCAACAACUGAGACGUUAUUGAGACGUGGCUGAAUUUGAGCUCAGACAUGCGCUUUUUAUCUAAAAAAAAAAGAAAAGUUUUAUUGGAAAGAAAACGUCGAUUUUCAUUGGUGCGUUUGUCGCGGAAACGCAAGAUGUGGUUAUUUGUGCUGCUGUCAAAAAGCUCAGCGGUUGGUUGGAAAUCCGGAGACACGAACCGAAACACACGAAUACUUUGGACUUUUGAACUGAAAAGUUUUCGAUUCCAAAAAUCUGAGAAAGUCGAAAUUGCUUGGAACGCGGAUCUCUCUCCAUAUUUCUAGAAGGUACUACUCUCGAUCCAAGGAAAUUUUAAACAAGCGUGAUUCCAGAGAAUUUUGGAAAUUAUGAAUUUUGUUUUUGACCUAAUUUCCUAUUCAAACUUUUUUUCAAUUUCUAAUUUCAAGAAAUUUUUUUAAAUCUCAGUAAACCCACUUAAAACUUUAAAAAAACCCCGGAGUUUUUUUGGUAAGACGCAGAUCUACCAAUCAAUUUUUAUGAAAAUGCAGUGGUGGCUAAGCUGAAAUUUGUAGUUAUAAAUUGAUAGAAGAAUCUUCUCAGUGAAAGAAUGUAUUACAACGUUUUCUCUUUUUCUCAGUUUUCUAAUUACGAAAGAGUUAUUUUUCGCAAUAAAAUAUUGAAUUUCCUAUGUCCAAAAAACUUCUCUAUUUGACUUUUGGAAUGGUUUCUGAUUUCUGAUUACUUUAGAAGCUGUUAUGAUAAAAUUAAACUUCUGUGGUCCAGGUCAAGUACAUUUAAUUUGGUGAAUCGCAGCUUUUUUAGCUCUAAUACGGAAGCUUACUAGAGAGUCAAUAAGUGCAGUUUUUGUUUUUGGUUUGUAUGUUUACGAAAAAGUGAAAAAUGAGAUUCAGAAAAAUGAGUUUGAAAAAAGACGAUUUUGGGCCGGAGGUCGUGCCGUUCAAUUCAAAAAUUCCAUUAGCGCUGGCUUUGUGCAAGUCUUUGGGAUGUGCCACUUUUUCUUCCUUUUUUUUCGUUUCUUCCGUUUUUCUUCCUUCUUCACCUUCCUCCGUCUUCUUCAUUUUUGAUGUACAGGUGCUGCAGCUUGGAAUUUCGCCGCCAGGCGAUUAUUUAUUCUCUCUGAGUGGGGGGCGUGCCUUAUGAUGACUUGAACUGUUGACCGCUUAAUUUCCUGUCAAUUUAGCGGGACUUGGCUCCGACUCAGAAAAUUUUUUUUAAACGUCUUCUUGCAGACUCUCAGUUUGGCGGAUCUUGAAAUUUUUUUUUGUAAGUUUUUUUUUUGGUACCCUAUCCAGUUUUUGCAACAGAGGCUCUUAUAACUUUCUAUUUUGCUCGUUUCUCAAUCAACAAUUAAAAAACGGAAUCGAUGCCAAUCAUAAUUGGAAUUUUUCAUUUUCCUCAACUUUUGAAAUCUAUUUUAGAAGGAGGUCGUGAAGUCGACAGAGAUCUGUCAAUAAAUCAUUGCUUGUGCAAGAAAACUUCAUUUUAAAGUCUAUGAAUUUUGAAAAACCCACAUUUAAUUUGAUUAAACUUUAGAAUAAAUUCUUUUUGACUCUAUCUAGUAUACGUAGAUCAAUUUUUUCAAAAACUCAUUUCCAAUAGAAGGGGAUUUUUUUACGCUACUCUAUUUUUUCAAAUGGGAGCUGCGUUAGAUUCAAUUUUCGCUGAACAGCGGCAAUUUUCAAAAAUCUUUUUUAUUUUUUUUUUUUGCAAUCACGAGCUGAAAAUGAGGGUCGUUUGACGACCUCCACGACCAUAUUUGGGCGUUCGGCUGCGAGGCUUUAAUGAGCCGUAGGACAUGAAAUCCUCCGACAGCUGGGCGCUUACACAGGCGUCUUUCCUUUGCACCUCGUCAUCGCCGCCCAAAACUUUGGCCCCAUCGCAGAUCUUAUCCAACUUUUCGUUUUCUUUUCUCUUUUCGCUCACCACCACGUGGUCGUGAACGCGACAAGGACAAAAGUCCAAAAGAGAAGGCGCAAAUGAUCUAUGGGCUAGUUUAAAAGUGAUGCGGAAAGUGUCCCUGCAAAGAACUGAUGAAUUCGGAAGAGAAAGAAAGAAGAAAGAAGGCGCUAAUUCGGGAAAGGCGUUUCGAAAUGGUUGUUGGAAAAUAAUUUGUUUGAACUGUUCGAAGAGACUUGUAUCGCUGGUCACGAUCAAAAUGUGAAAGAAGAAAACUGGUUGAACGGGUCUCUUCUGCACUAGAAAUUCUUUUUUCCACAAGAAACGCUCUCAUCUACACGUACUGAUUUUGGAGAAUUGUUUGACAUCAAUUUCCAACAACCUCGCUUCAGGAUGCUCAAACGGAAGUUGCAAGAUCUCACGGUGUGCUGUUCCUACCAAAUUGACUUUCUGCACCAGCGAGGUCAGAUCUUAUUUUGUUAUUUUUCUCAAAGUCGUUUGUUAUUUUUCUCAAUGUCGAUACAAAAUCGCUAAGGUUGAACAAAUUUCAGAGCACUCGCUGAAGGAGUUUCGGAAGCAGUACGAGGUUCUGGAGGAGAUCGGCCGAGGCGGUUUUGGCAUCGUCUACAAGGCGAUUCGGAAACUCGACCAGCUCCCCGUCGCCGUCAAGUUCAUCCAGCACAAGCACGUUCGAGAAUGGACUUUGGUCAGCAGUCGGAAGAGAAAAGGCGGAAUUCGGAGCGUUUCAGACGUGUCGACAACUGAUUCCUUCGGAGUUGUGUCAUUUGGAGACGUGUAAGGACAUCGAAGGCGUCGUUUCACUCAUUGAUUGGUUCGCAAAGUGAGUCCUUUUUAUCUGAAAAUUAUUAAUUCUAAAGCCGAAAUUUGAAAUUGAAUUCAAAUCAUGAACGUGAAAUUCGAAAAUGAAUUUUAUGUACCCGAAAAUGGAGAAUUCGCAUUUUAUAACGCCUGAAAUUUUAGUACUUUUUUUUACUUUUUUUUAUUCGAAAUUAAGAAAAAAAAAAUGUUUUCAAGCUUUUAGAAUGAAUAGAAGAAGCAUGUUCAAGGCGAGCUGAAUUCAGAGCAUUUCUGAUUUUUUCAAUUUUUGAAAAAAAUAGUGAACUUUAUUAAAAUCCCAACAUUUCAAGCCAACCAUAAUUUUCACUAACGAAAGCUAGAUUACAGUUCGAAGGGCUUCCUGAUAGUGAUGGAGCGGCCGGAAAACUGCAUGGACGUGUUCGACCUCGUGUCGCUUCACGGCCGUCUGGACGAAGCCACGGCGCGAAGCGUCUUCUCCCAGGUCGUCGACACCGUCUGCGAGAUGUUCGCCAAGCACGAGCUCAUCCAUCGUGACAUCAAGGUCUGAAGCCGCUUCUCUACGUCUCGCGAACAGGGAUUCCAGGACGAGAACUUGAUCGUCGACAUGGCCUCGGGCGAUGUCAAGCUCGUCGACUUUGGUGCGACGGCCUGUCUAUCCAGUGCUCUCAAAAAAGAGUUCCAAGGUGGGAAAACGUAAAUUUGAGCUUCUGUUGUGUUCAAAAAUGGCAUGCGAAAGCUUUUUCAUUUGCCGGUUUCGAAGGGAAAAAAAAGUGAUUAUCAUUUAUAUUAUGGAUCCAAUUAUUGAUAGGAUUUCAAAAACAAUGAAAAUAUUUUCGAAAACAGUGUAAUACGCUGAUUCUAGGUCUUUGCUCAAAUGUGAUCACAGAUCUUGCAGGAACGAGGUCGUACUGUCCCCCAGAGUGGUUCCGACAGCUGCAAUACCUGCCUCUCGAGGCGACUUCUUGGUCCCUCGGAGUUCUUCUUUUCACCCUCGUCACUGGUCAUUUGCCUUUCCGCAACGAAAUUCAGAUUUGCCUUGGCAGCGUCAAGUUUCCCAAGUAUUUAUCAAAAGGUUGGUCCUUUCAAAGCAUUUCCCAUAAAUAUGAGAAACUUCAGAGUGUUGUCACCUAAUCAAGUCGUGCUUGACGACGUCUACAUCCGCCCGAGCUAAAAUAGAAGAUAUCCGAUCUCACAGCUGGAUGUCCCAUUCGCAGCCUUCCUAUGGAAUCUCCUUCGAACAGACACUUCUACUGAGAAGUGAGAGAGGGAGGACUCGAUGGAGUGACCACUCACUUCAGAAAAAGAGCGUAUGAUGGACAAGAAAGAAGUGGAGGAGGAGCGAGACAUCAACGACGUUGUCGUGACGACGAGAGACUCCAGAAUGGUCGACACUCCGCCUAAGAAAAAGUCGCCACCAAGAGCCGUCACCGAGGAAAAGUCAAUCCUAGGUAAUCAGGACAUUUUCAUUCUUUCUCUCUCUCUUCAAACUAAAAAAGCGUCUGAACGUUGAACUUUUAAUUCAAACCUAUGCGAAAUUUUGAAAUAUCUUGGUACAAAGCAAUUUAGAAGGCAAUAGACUUAAUGGUUUUGAAAGGUUAAAAGUCAAAAGAUAAGGGAUUAAAGGUAAGUCCAUAGGAGCUUCUGAGACUAAUCCAGCACUCAGGCCAAAAUGGUGACUGACGUUGAUUUUCCACCAGGAGACCUUUCGAGGAGCAGUUCUCGCUACGACAAUAUCUCGGCCUCUUCUCUCGCCGACUACAUGUCGACGUACAGCGCAGAAGAAGAUCUCGUGUCGGAAUUGUACCAUUCUGCUUCUGAUAUUUCCUGUGCCAUGUAAAACAUCUUUCCAAUUGCUUCCUUUUUGCAUUUCUGCGUUCAGGGCCGCUGGAUCUAUGUGUCCGACGGUUAAAAGUGCGUCAGCUUACAAUCUGGCCAAACUUCGGAAGCGCUCCAACGUCUUCAAGUCGUUCGACACUGACCUCGACCCCGUCAACGAAGACGAUCAAGUACUUUGAACCGCAAGAAGUUUUGAUUAAUCCUUUUUUCAGUGCGGAGAGCACAACGUGAUGACUUGCUCGUCGAGUUCGGAGGAGGAAACGGUUCGAGAAGAACUGCCUUUGCGGGUGCGCGACUCGCAGGUCCAGCAGCAGGUGGCUCGGCUUUCGCGGCAUCGGCCUCUGCAGUUCGGAGAAUCAGCUUCAACUUUAGCCAUAUUUGAAAUCUCGCGGUGA